AUGAUCCAAAAUCCAGAUUUAAAAAUGGUUCAUAUGAAAAAAUUACUUUCACUGGAGCUUGGAAUCGGCCAAUCGACAAUCUACAAUACUGUUUUGGAGUAUCAACGCGAUAAAACCGUUUCUUCGCCGAACAAAAGAAAAAAUAGGCAAAAAAUUGCAGAAAAAAUUGACGAGUUUGACAAAUAUGCCAUUAGAAGGAAGAUUCAUCAAUUUUGGCACAACCGUGAUCUUCCUACACUGGACAAGGUUUUAGUUGCCAUAAACGAAGAAGAGGAUCUACCAAAUUUUUCUCGUACAUCGCUCUUUAGGUUGAUGAAAUCUAUGGAUUUCGUUUACGUCAAGCGAGGCCGUCAGAGUGCCCUAAUUGAAAAAAUGGAGAUUAUUGUUUGGAGGAGAAACUACCUGAGACAUAUUAAACAAUAUCGGGGAGAAGGUCGGCCCAUUUAUUAUUUAGAUGAGACUUGGGUGAACGCCGGAGAUGUAAAUAGCAAAGUGUGGUCCGACAAGACUGUGUUAUCAGCUCGAAUGGCAACUUCUGAGGGACUAUCAACCGGAGCAGUAAAUCCUACUGGCAAGGGUAAACGAUUAAUUGUCAGCCACAUUGGUUCCGAAGAUGGAUUUGUUCCCGGAGGUCUUCUAUGCUUUGAGUCAAAAAAAAAUACCCAAGACUAUCACGAUGAGAUGAACGGGAAAUCUUUUCGUGAUUGGUUGGAAGGUGUUUUGCCCAGACGCAGUCAUCGUCAUGGACAACGCUCCUUACCACUCGGUAAAAUUGGAGAAAUGCCCAACUACAAAUUGGAAAAAAGCAGAUAUCAUCGAGUGGCUUCAAAGUAA